AUGCCUCUAACACCUAAAGAAAGGCAGAAACUUUAUCGAGAACAGCUGAAAGAAGUAAAUCCUGAAAAAUUUAAAUUGCAGCAAAAACAAAAUGCAGAAAGAACAAAAAGAAAUAGAAAAAGAAUAGCAGAAUAUCCUUCAUCUGAUCAAGAAAUCAGAAAAGAACCUAAGCCUGAAGUAGUGCCUUUAGAAGAACAUGGACAAAUUUUAACACAGAAGAGAAAUUAUAAUAGAAGGGUCGUUUAUAGACUGAAAAAUGAAAACACAAAACUAGAAGAAGAAUUAAAAAAAUAUAAAAAGUCGUUGAAAAAAAUUAGGCAACGAUUAAACUUGAAAUUAUUGAGGAGAAAAACCAAAUGA